CAGGAGGUGGAGGUAGCGCUGUAUCUGUUCCCGCUUCGUGGCCUUUGGAGGUAGUUGGUGUUUCAUAAGCACCAGCAUCACACGUUUGUUUAGUCUCUAUUUCUUCCCCCGCCUGUCUCCAGCAGCGCCGACAGAGACCGGCGAGUCCUCAGAAGAGUGCAAGGCCAUGGCUUCCUCUCCUUCCGGCGGAGGAGGAGGAGCACGGCUGUUGUUUCCGGUGGUGGUGGUGGCGGCGGCGGCCGCGCUAGCUGGGGCGGCGCCGGCGUCCGCGUGCUACACGCGCCUGUUCAGCUUCGGGGACUCGCUGGCGGACACGGGCAACUACCGCUUCGUCUGCGGCGACGACUCCGACCCCGUGUUCCGGCUCCCCUACGGCGAGACUUUCUUCCACCGCGCCACCGGCCGCUUCUCCAACGGCCGCAUCGUCCUCGACUUCAUCGGUACGCACGCAGCAAUGGCCCCCCCCGCUAUCCACGGACAAGUUCAGGAGCAGUUCCCAUUUGCGAUUCAAAAAAAAUCUGCAGCUGGAGCGCUGGGGAUCCCGUUCGUGCGGCCGUACCUGAGCGGGUGGCGUGCCGAGGACUUCGCGAGCGGGGCCAACUUCGCGGUGGGCGGCGCCACGGCGCUCAGCCCGGAGUUCUUCCGGGACAGGGGUUUCGACAUCGGAGACGUGGUGCACCUCGACAUGGAGAUGAGGUGGUUCCGCGACAUGCUCGGCCUCCUAUGCCCCGGCGAUCUCGCCGGUUGCUCGGACAUGAUGAACCGAUCCCUCUUCAUGGUUGGAGAAAUCGGAGGCAAUGACUACAGCACACCUCUUCUCAAGGCAAGAUUACCCUUUGUUACCACUUUCGCCCCGAUCGUCAUUGCCAAAAUCUCUUCGACUAUCACCGUGAGUGUCAGUUUUGCUGUACACACCCGUCGUGUUGUCACUGCCAUCGAAUACUAUAGCAACGCGAAUGCGUCGAGUUUGCAGGAGCUGAUUCGGCUAGGAGCCAAGACUCUGGUGGUUCCAGGGAAUCUACCAAUUGGGUGCAUCCCGAACUACCUGUUGGCAUUCCAGAGCGAUAACAAAGAGGAUUAUGAGCAAGAGACGGGUUGCAUUGGGUGGCUGAAUGAGUUCUCACGGUACCACAACAAGCUUCUCAUCGAGGAGCUGGAGAAGUAGCGCAAGCUCAAUCCUGGCGUGACCAUCAUCUAAGCUGACUACUAUGGAGCUGCUAUGGAGGUUUUUGUCUCCCCUGAAAGAUAUGGAAUCAAGUAUCCCUUGGUGGCUUGCUGUGGUGGAGGGGAUCCCUACGGUGUGACCCCAAAUGUAAGCUGUGGACGUGGAGAAUACAAAUUGUGCCACAACCCAAGAAAGCAUGGAUCAUGGGAUGGCAUGCAUCUUUCAGAAGCUGUAUACAAGGCCAUUGCAAUGGGCUUGCUACGAGGCUCAUACACGCAGCCUCCUUUUGCUACAACUGCCUAUUCAUGUACACAUCUUAGUGAGCUCGGCUUUUCCAUUGAAUACAAGUCCAUCUGAGACUUGUAAUCCUGUAACUAUGUUUAGCUGUUCAAGAUGCAACGAUGGCAUCCUCACAAAAAAAAUGAUGUAUUGAUGCCAACUUUUGACAAGGGAAAUCAAAUUUGAAUC